AUGGCUUUCCAGCUCCCAACCCAAGUCCCUCGUCGCAGGACCUCCUAUCCGCAUCCGCAGCCUUCUACCGCCCUCGAUAUCCCUCUCUCUCCCCACGACCAGCCCGAUGACGACACCACACAAUGGGUGCUCUUCUCCCCGACCGCUCGCACCCAGACGACCUCGACAGAACGCACCCAGACAGCAGGUAUCUCACGUUUAAGUGAUUUCGGUUCCUUUGGCACUGCAACCCGAUCCGCGACUGCACCCGAGGGCGAUGUGGAUGACGGCGAUGCCUUGGACGACCAGCUGGACGAAGAUGGCACCGAGCUGGACAGCUUGGACGAUGGGCUCCAGGCCUUUCGAGCCCCAUCGCUGCCCCCGACCUCCCCCACCCGCCUCGACCAAGGGCCACCGGCUAUGCUGCCGGCACACGAUGGGCUAGGCAGCUUUCAAGCCUCGAGUCAACCCGUACAGGAUCAACUCUGGCAACACGAGCAAUACAACCCACAGCGGCACUCAGAGAUCCAGCUUCAACCCCGCCGCCGGUCCAGCGUGCAGAGACACCUCGAUACUGUCGACGAAAGCGGCGUGGAUGUCGAGCGAGAGCGGUGGCAGCGCAUCGAGAAAUGGCGUAUGGACCAAAGCCGGGUGUUGCUGCAAGAAAUCGAACGAGAGACUCGUCGCCGGCGGAACAGUCGUGUCAGUCGAUCCAGUGCCCGUCGCUCUGUUGGCGUGUUACACGACGGUACCUCAGAAAUGCCUAAAGAAACCGCUUCGUCGGAUGUCGACUCCGAAACGGACGAGUCGUUCUGGCGCCGUCUCACCCGAACGGUUAUUCGAGAUUUGAUCGGGAUUGACGAUUCCUUGCUCUGCGUGAUCUUUGGUGAAACGUUACGUUCAGAUGAGCAGGCUCGUGAUCCACCGCCUGAAGAGCCUCUGGAUAUGGAAACGGUGCUGGCGCGGGAGCCCGAGCCCGAGCAUGGGGAUCCACCAAUGUGGCAGACGAGGGUGCUGCAGCGCAUUGCCCACGAAUUGGGAGCGCUCAUGUCCCAGCUAUGUGAACACCCUGGUGCUUUUACGACAUAUUAUCAAAUGACCAAAGAGAUCUCGAACGAAUACGCCGGCAUGUCUCUCAACCGUCAAGGAGAUAGCAGCGCCCAAAGGCCGGCAGAGUCUGUUGCAACACCGCCAACUGACACCGCCGCUGGCGACUCCAUGCCCUCUCCCUAUUUCUUGCCAACACUUCAAGACCCUAGUCGCGAGCACGAAGCCCAGUGGGGAAUCGAGGAAGAUGACCCCGCAGGAGCUGAUCCGCUCUCCGAGUCGACUAGACUACAACAAGAACAGGAAUACUGGGAGCGCGGACUCGACGUGAGGAUGGUCUACCGCUACCUCCGCAGUCGGUUCAGUCGCCGCGGCUACAUGCCCAGUGAUACGCACACAUCUUCUCAGCCGCGCCGUCCGCCCCAGGACGCCUCCCGCCGCGCCGCCAUCAUCCGUCACCACCACCCACUGGUGGCGCAUGCACAUGCACACUCCCAUUCCCAAUCCCAAUCCCGGCGCGUAUCCCAGUUCUCGGGUGUCUCGGGCCCUAUGGGUGUUUCCUCCCCUCUGCUCCGACAACAUCUCCGUCGUCCCGGCUCCAGCUGCGCCAGUCAAAGCGCCAAGCUCUCUGCCAUCUCCAGUCGGCGGACCUUGACUGGGUCUAGUCGCAACUACUGGGAUAUCGGUGGUAGUGUCGAGAGCAGUAGUGCCAUUGGUGUCGGAGCUGGUCUCGGCACCUGGGGCGAAGUGUGA